UCCAAACAACUUUCACGGUCAGACUAUGUUGGAGCAGAUAGCACAUUAUAUGGGAUAUGGCAUAUGUAAGAUGUAAAAGGAGCACAAAAGAAAGUCAAAUGCAAAGAUGAUUAAAUAUGCAUUUUGCAAUGGGAAGAUAAUCAGUCUGGACCUAACGUGAAUAUUACAAAUACUGGUCGGUCAGUUUUUGUUUAUUUUAUCAUCCUGCUUGGACAGUUGGCUUGUCCUUGUCACUGCUUGGGCAUUUAAACAAAAUUAUAGGUGUCUCCCACCCACCCAUCCACCCACUCCUCAAGCCUGAAGCGGUUUCUAUUUUGCCAAGAGUCUCUUCAAGAUUUGCAAGAGGCCAGGCUAGUCAAAUUUGUCCACAGACCAACCAGCAGCGUGCCUCAUCAACCCCGGCCAUGGAGGUUGCCAUAUCUGCAGUUGCAGGUGAAAUUGUGAGUCGGUUCAUCUCCUUCCUGAUGAACAAGUACCACUCCUCCAGCCAUGCACAGCCAGAGGAGAAGGUGGUAGAGAGGCUGCAGCAUCUCCUGAUGAGAGCUGGCGCCAUUGUCGAGGAGGCGGACGCUCGAUACAUAACAAACUCUGGGAUGAUGAUGCAGCUCAAGAUGCUCUCGGAGGCCAUGUACCGAGGUCACAGCCUGCUCGAUGCCUCGAGGUACCGAGCCCUCCAAGACAGCGCAGGCUUCGACAAGGUUAGCAGCAACGACCCAUCUAGCAGCAGUUUGUAUUUUGCCAUUCCCCUCAAGCGUUCUAGAACAGCUACGGAGAAAGACGACAAGGCCAUGCGCCUCGGGUCACAUGGUGCCUUGGAAAAUUUAGAAAUUGCUGUUGCUAACAUGGCUGAGUUUGUUGUGCUUCUGGGUGGAUGUGAGCGCAUGUCUCGAAGGCCAUAUGAUGUUUAUCUUUACACCGACAACUUCAUGUUCAGCCGACACGCUGAAAAGCAAAAGCUCUUGAGCUUCUUGUUGGAGCAAAACGACCCUCCUGGUGAUCACGCACCGGCAGUUAUUCCGGUGAUAGGUGGUGUCGCAGUUAGGAAGAAAACUUUGGUUGCUCAUGUGUGUGGUGACGAAAGGGUUCGCUCACGCUUCUCCUCUAUUUUGCACUUGAACGGAGACAGCCAUUUGAAGAUGCUUGACGAUGGAAGGACCAUGUUUGGGAGCACAACGCUGGUAAUUAUUGAGUUUGCUUCUGAUGUAGGCGACGAAGACUCGAAAAACUUUCAGCCGUUUUUCAGAAGGAUGGGCAGAGGAAGCAAGAUCAUCAUCGUAAGUAAACUUAAAAGAUUAGCGCGGUUUGGAUCGGUGAAGCCAAUUUUCCUUAGCGCUCUAUCUUACCAUGAGUUGAGGUACCUUUUCAAGACACUAGCAUUUGGAAGUGCAGACCCGGCAGAACAUCCACGGCUAGUACAAAUAGCAGAUGAAAUCGCCAAGGUGCUGCACAGUGUGCAAGGUUCACUUGUGGAAGCAAAUGUGUUUGCGGAUGUGCUGAGAAGGAACCUCGAUGUUCAGUUCUGGUGUUGCAUACUGAACAAGGGGAUCAGACUGGUUAAAAGAAACCUGUCCAUAUACGGAGUGCACCCAACCCUGCUUAUAGAGCAAGGCCAGCCAGUGGACAUAACGGACCUCGCCUCGCAUCCACUUUGCAUGAUACCGCACAAAAUCAAGGAGGAAUCGCCAAGCGUGUCGUUAGGGGCACUUGUAGCAGACCCUAGCAUCAGACCGGAAGGAGACUUCAGCCUGGUAGCAUGGGAAUCAAGGAUACCCCCUCAUAAAUCAUUUGUUCAUUAUGUCACAAGUCGUGCUCAGGAUACACAUGAAGGUAGCAGCACCUCUUCGGGGAGGAGGAAGCGCCGAGGCGUGCCAUUCUAAUGUUGCUUCAGACUAGUGUAAUGUGAUUCCAAUGUUGCUUCAGACUAGUGUAAUGCGUUUCCAAUUUUGCUUCAGAGUUCAGACUAGUGUAAUGUGAUUCCAAUUUAGCUUCAGACUAGUGAAAUGUGAUUCUAGUUUUGCUCCAGACUAGUGUAAUGUGUAAUUUUUGUUGUAAUUGUUUAUACGUGGCGGACGAAUGUGUUCAUGUAUACUGACGAACUAUUACUAGGCCCUGUUUCUUUCAACUUUAGGGAACAGAUUCAGCUUUGAAAAACAGAAGCUGAAACAAACAGCCAACAGACAAGGCCAGAUUCAUCAGAUCCAACGACCCCACCUGCUCUUCUUAGAAAGCGAAUUCAGCUAACGGCAUCAUCUAAAGUGGCAGAUCAGAUAUACCUACUGGCUACUGCUACCACUCCACACUGUCACCAGCUCGUCUCAGUAAGGUGGCUUGCAGAAACUGAACCAACAAGGAGGUUCUGACUAGCGUUUUGGUACUACCAAGAAACUGAAAUCUAUGUACGUGCAGCUGCACGGCGACGCUUGGAUCAAGGAGUCUGAUCAGAUCAGAUUGCAGUUGCGAUUACAAGACACGGUUAGAUCAAGGAGUCUGCUUAGGUGCCGGAGUCCUUGAAAAUCAGUAGAUUUGGCGACCCUGUGCUGUGCAGUCCUGCCGCCAUGGCGCGUAUGGGGGAAGAAGGGGAAUGGGGGUGGACUGGUCGCUGACGAUCGGGCCCCGCGGGAAAAGUUAAAAGUCUUUUUCUUUAAGCGAAAGAAAAGCGGUGUGCCCCCUGGAGAGCUCCUAUGUGACGCUCUCUGCGGUAAGCAGUCGAGCGAUCGCAUAGGGGAUCGAGAGAUCUCGCGAACACUAGACCUCCUGCUUCCGAGCAAGGAAGCGAACCAAUUGAGCUAGCUAGCUUUCUUGAUCACAGAACAUUGCAAAACCUUAAGAAAACUCAAACGCCGAUCCGACCAUUUUUCAAAAAUUCAAACGCAAAACAUUUUUUUUCAAAAACAAAACAUGAAUGUUUUAUCAAACGAGAAAAUUUAUUUUUUUUUUCACAAAUUUUGAGAAAACUCAAACAUUUUUCGACACACAAACGAAUUUUGGAGACGCGAACAUAUUUUUUAGAACGGAAACAUUUUUUAAACUGCCCAAAAAACUGAACAGGAACAAUUUUUCAAAUUUCAAAACAUAAUUUGGAAACACGAACAACUUUUGUAGGCGAACAUUUUCUGAAACUCCACAAUUUUUUUUGAAAAAACGAACAUUUUUAAAAAUUUGCAAACAAUUUUGGAAACGGAACAAUUUUUGAAACUCCAAACAAAACUUGUAAAUAGGAACAUUUUUUGAAAUUUGUGAACAAAUUUUGGAACAGGAACAUUUUUUGAAACUCCCAAACAAAUUUAUGGAAUUUACGAACAUUUUUCAAUUUGUGAACAAAAUUUGAAAACAUGAACAUUUUAUAAAUUUGUGAACAAAUUUGGAAAGCUGCAACACUUUUUGAAAUUCCUAAACAUUUUUCGAACGCAAACAAAAUUUUAAAACAUGGACAAUUUUGAAAAAUAGGAAUAUUUAUUGAAGCUCACGAACAAAAAUUGAAAAACGAACAUUUUUCUUAAAUUUGCGAACAAAUUUUGCAAAGUUGUCAAAUUUUGAAAAAAAAACAUAAAGAAAAGAAACAGAAAAUGAAAAAAACGAAAAUAAAAAACAAUAGAAAGCCGAAAAGAACCAGAAAAAAACGAUACAGA